GAAAGCAGCUAGCCAGCCAAGACUCUCUCUGUCGGCUAAUUAGAUAGACAGAAGAACACCGACCUGGAGAGGGGGGAAAUAAAGACAAGAGAAGUUGUUUUAGCCUGGUGCUGCUCAAAGGCAGACUGACAAUGGAAGAGACAUACCUUCUGAACUAUCCAGGAGUCAGGAAGAAGAUUCUGAGUGGAGGCACCGGGCCGAUGCCACACUUUCCACCUGGAACCAAGCUGGUGUUCCACUUCCAGACGUUACUGGACAACUUUGAGCGCACGGUGGUGGACGACAGCCGGCUGGCUGGAAGGCCAGCGGAGAUAUUUGUGGGAAAGAUGUUCAAGAUGGAAGUGUGGGAGACCCUGCUGACGUCCAUGAGGGUCGGCGAGGUGGCCGAGUUCUGGUGUGAUGCAGUUCACACAGGGCUGUACCCGAUCGUGUCCAAGGGAAUGAGACUGAUCGCUCAGGGGAAGGACCCCCUGGAGAGCCAGAGACACAUGUGUGGCAUGGGAAACCUGUUCCACUAUCACUCCACCGGCUUCCCAGAGCUGGACGAGCUAAUGAGAACUCCACAGCCGCUGAUUUUUAUCAUGGAGCUGCUGCAGGUGGGAGACCCCAUGUCUUACUACAGAGAGUCGUGGAUGAUGGAGAAGGAUGAGAAGCUGCAGACGGUGCCAGUUCUCCACAUGCAGGGCAACUCGCUGGUCAAGCAGAGGCAAUUCAGGGAAGCCGCCAGCAAGUACAAAGAGGCCGUCCUGCUGCUGAAAACGGUCCAGUCCAGAGAGAUGCCGGGUGAUAUAGACUACAUUAACUUGGGUCGAAUGAUCGUCCCCCUGGAGUUGAACUACUGCCAGUGUAUGCUGGAGCUGGAGGAGUAUUAUGAAGUUAUAGAGCACACGACUGAACUGCUGGAGAAGCACAAAGACUGUGUGAAGGGCUACUACAAGAGAGCCAAGGCUCAUGCUGCUGUGUGGAAUGAAAAGGAGGCCCGGAGAGACUUCCACAUGGUGGCCCAGCUGGACGUCACUCUGGCCUCCCUGGUGCAUCGAGAGCUGAAGGCGCUGUCGGAGCGCAUGAAGGAGAAAUACUGGGAGGAGAGGGAGAAGUACUGGAACAUGCUGGACAAGAAGGAAACUGGAAGGGAGGAGGAGGAGGAGGAGGAGGAGGAGGAAGCCGAUGAACGCGCGAGCAGCGACUGUAAAGAGGAAGAAUCUCAACCUAAAGGUGAAGUUGGAGGGAUGGAGGACGACAAAGGCGACAAAGAGGAAGCGAGCUCGUCUGAGGCCGAGGCCGGCGCUCCGGACAAAAGCCAAGGGAAGGACUGGCAGCAGAUGCUGCGGCUGAUCCUGCUGCUGCAGAGCGAAGGGAGCUUCCUCAUCAGAGAGAAACGCUUCCAGGAGGCGUCUGUAAAGUUGAAGGAGGCCGUGGAAUAUGUGGACACCCUUCAGAAUACGGUGGAUCGACGAGGCGAAGACUGGGAGUCGCUGGAGAAGGUGCGCCUCCCGCUCACUCUCAACCUCAGCCAGUGCAUGCUGGAGCUGAAACAGUACCAGGAAGUGGUGGAGCUCAACUCCAAGCUGCUGAGGACGCAUGAGGGCAACUUUAAGGCCGUGUACCAGCGAGCGCGAGCGCACGCCGCUUUGUGCAACGAGGACGAAGCUCGGAGGGACUUGGAAGCGGUGGAGAAGUUGGACCCGAAGUUCAAACCCUUCGUCCGGCAGGAGUUGAAAAAGCUCUGCGCCCGCCUCCGCACUGCGCACGCCCUGCAGAACAAGACUUACUGGGACACGACGCAGGAGAAGUGGGGCCCCGGCGGAAGCAAGGCCAAGGGGGGUGCGAGAAAGAAGAAUGGGAAGGCUUCCCAGAAAGCCACCGCACAUGAAAGUGAAGCCGACAAGAACUCAGAUGAGAGUCAGAUAGAACGGGAGAAAGGCACAGAGAGCGCUGCUGCUGCUGCCGCUGAGACAGAGAGAGACGAUGAUGCAAAAGGAGAGGUGGGAGAGCACAGUAAUAAAGUCCUGGACGGUGGGAGAGAGAGUGAAGAGGGGUCAGAUAAUGAGAAUAUAGAGUGUGCUGCGGUUCGCGGGGACGGGCAGGGUCUACCAGAUAAUCACACCGCAGAUAAAGAUAGCAAUCCGGUGCCCACCAGCACCGGCCACGAUAAUGUAGUGUGCAAGAGAUCAGCAUGCGAUAAGAGCCGGGAGAAGGUCAAAUGCCAAUCAAAUGCAGCAGCGGGCCCCAGCGAAGCAGGCCGGGGGAUCAGCGUCGCCAGCGAUAAGACAGGAGACAGUGGAGCGCAAUCAGAGUAGAGCAGAGCACAGCGAGGGGCUGAAGGGACCUGGAAACCCGAAGAAAAGCAAUAUGGAUGCAGAAGGUGAACCAAGACAGGUGAUAAAACGCCAAGCCUCCGGUCCCCGAAGGAAAUAUUGAUUCUGCCACCUAUAAAUCCAAAAAUAUAACUAAUAUAUUCGGCACGUGGCGAGUUUCAUUAUGCAAACCUCAGAGGGACUGAUACAAAGCACAGGCAGACAGAGAGUUUGCCAAAUACAAAGUUGUUUUAUUUCUGUACACAAAGAGUAGAAAGCAGCCAGUAGCCCACUUGUUGUUACAGUAAAAAGCCUUUCAUCAGAAAACUUCGUUUUUUUACAGAUUAAAAACUCCAGAGAAAAGUCAGCAAGACGUGUUUGAGUGCCGGACGGUAACAUGAACUCCAAACCGAGAUUAAUGAGGUAUUAAUGGUGAUAAAAAAAAAACAGUAAGGUAUGAGUGUGUAUAUAUGUCUUAGUGUCAACGCCUUGAGGUUAGGUGAUUCAUCGCCCUAUGAUGUCAUGUGGCACACAUUACAAGCUCAGAUGCAUUACAUCGAAAACGCGGAGGAGGAGGAGGGUUCGUCGCAAACGCGGGAGCGCGACGAUGCCGGGGCACUGAGCUCAGCGGCUACAUGCAGCAACGAAGCGCCCGUGGGGUCACUCCCGCCUCCUUCAGCCACGGGGAGCAGGGUGUGUGUGGCGCCGGGGAGCCGGUCCUCCGAUGCUGGGAUGAACUCCAUGCAGCGAGUCCGUCGCGCCGCCGCCGAGUGCAUUUGUUUCAGUUCGCCUCCUCCGACAAUGAGCAUCGCUACGGGGAGAAGCCUCCCGUUCUUCUGUCACACGGCAUCGCUGAUGCAUCGUAGAGAGACGGGACUGUGAGGGCGCUGAUCAAUGCGUGAUGGGAUGUGAGAGUACCAAUAAAUAAACAUACAGUA